AUGGGAGAUCGGCAGCGGCCGCGCGACUUCUCUGUGGUGGUGCUGGCGUCGGAUCUGGGCGUCGACACUCAGUCCUUCCUCUCGCCAUUGCUGCCACGGUCCUCAGGUCCUGGCGAGGGCGGCGAUUCCGAAGAUGUGUGGCACGACUGCCCCCCGAACCAUCUCGGGGGUGCUGAGGAUGGCUCCGAAGUGGAAGAUUUCUCCGAUAUCGAGGCACUUCAGGCCUUCCGCGUUGAAGGCUCCGACAAGGCCGGCAAUCGCAUCUUCCGCAUCGUCGGCAAGUUCUUCCCAGGUGCUGGUUGCCCUCGUUUAUUACCAAACGUCUGGGAAUCAGUUUUGGUUUCUUCGCUCCUCAGCUCUCUACCCGCGCGUCGAAGUUCUCCCCAUAUUUUAUCCCACGCAUUUUGGCUAUUAGUUGAACCUGAUAUUCUAUGUCAUUCGGGAAGUGUUAGGUGAAAUUUUUGACUUACCUUGGUGAUCGCGGUUUAUUUUUUCGCUGAUCGAUGAAUUUCGCAUGAAUUUGGGGUUAUUACUGAGACUCCUUUUUCAUGUGCUUUGUAAAUUACUAGCUCUUGUAAUUAGUGGGGAGCGACUGAAGAGGUAUAUCAGUCACAAGGUAUUGACAGAACUGGCCGAAGUACCCAUUUGCAUUGUUUACAUGCACAGUACAGUGCAGAAGGCGGAUAAUUGUCCGGGCCUCUCCAUGUUAAGAUGGAUUUAUGAAGAACUCCCUCCCGACUGCAAGGAGAGAAUACGUGUUGUAUACUUCCUGCACCCUGGACUCAGAUCGAGGCUUGCUCUUGCGACUCUAGGGCGCUUCUUCCUGAGUGAAGGGUGAGUAUCUGCCUCUUUCCUCAAUGUCUAUUACUCUUCUUUGCUUUAUUUGUGAACACUUUUACGAUUCAAAUGAGAAAUUUGAGCUUUUGUGCGUCCAAGGCUGAAAGGCAUGCAAGGAGAUAAAGUUUUUCUCAUUUGAAUAUGUCAAAUUGAAAUACCUUUUAGUAUUGAUGAAAUGUUUCUCAUCAAAUAGAGAAAUGCAUGCGAAUAUGCCAAAUAUAAUUUUGUCUUUCUGAUUAAAGCCUUUCCAACUAUUUUAGAUAUACCUUCUCCUACUUGAUGCAUUCGAUGAAUUUGUGAACUCUAGUUUGACAGUGCGAAAAACUCGGGUUAAAUUUGAUCACGUCUCAAAUUGGUGUAUCUUUUGAUAAAUGUACUAAAUAAACAAAGGGAAUCGCUGCUGUGUAGGGGUGAGCGAAUCAGGAGAGACAAGCAUGGGGACCUGCUUGUUUGAGGAUGCGACUAAUGAUAAGUUCAGACGUUGAUGGUUCUGGGAUUCUAUAUGUUUGUGUUGGGCACGAAGGGUAGAUAAGUUGGGAGCAAAGUAUGCAGUAGCAGGAGUGAAAAGUCUGCAAGAGUGUUUGACCACUGAUUACAGUAGCACGAAGAGUGUUUGACCACAAAGUAUGAGACAUUGUGGCAGCAAGAGUGUAGAUAUUCUGGAUAUCUAUGGACAGAACAAACUGUUUGACCUCAGUUUGGGUGGAGGUUGAGGCAAUUUGGAUUCCCUGAAAGUAUUUAAUGGCCCAUAAAAUCAGGCCAAGGUGGCUAUUUAUGUACUAACUCGGCCUAAGAUCGGCUGAUUACAGAGAGACUAGCCGUUUUACUGACUUAUGCUGAGAACAUAUCAGUGGCAUUUCUUUAGAAUCCUAGGGAACUCUCUCUCUUUCUCUCUCUUCUGCAUCUGUUCUCACUUUGCCCUCACCUUUGCAGACUAUACUGGAAGAUCAAGUACAUUAGCAGGCUGCAGUACCUCUGGGAGGACAUAAAAAAAGGCGAGGUUGAUAUUCCAGAGUUUGUCAAGAUUCACGAUGACAUUCUUGAACACAGGCCGCUGACGGAUUAUGGAAUAGAACCCGACCCUCUCCAUUUGACCCAAGUUCCUGCAAUGGAGUACCCAUUUGGGCGGUUCGAGGACAGAUGGGCUGCUUACCAGUGA